GCCACGCCUGUUUCAAAUUCUAUAAACAAUUUCAUAGUUUCAUUUUCUACUAACACACAGGCCGAUUUAACUCGUAUAUUGGUGUAAACAACUAGCGAUUUGGAUUAUCAGAAAUGGACUCGAGCAUUGUAUUUGUUUGCCUUGGAAUGGCCUCCAUAGUUAAUGGGGACUUGUCCAUUCGGGGACCAAACCAGAGCGUUUUGGAAGGUGACAGCGUGACAUUGGAGUGCCAGUACUCAGACAACGAGCACAACAUCAGCAGCGUAAGAUUUGAAAGCUUCUCGCAGAUUCUCCAGAUGUGGCACCCAGUGAGGUCGUCCUUUUGGAGCUUCUGCCACUCUAUUAUGGAGCAGAUGGAUGACAAGAUGGUGUUGCGCAUUUCCCAUGUUACCUGGUAUAUCGAGGGGCGCUUCCGCUGCGUGUCGGACGACCACACGUUGAGCGCGCCCAACAACGUCUCCAAGACGCUGUCCUUAAAAAUACAAUAUUUGGCAGCGAUACAUCUUUCCAGGAAGGGUUUCAGCGGGUUCCUGGGUCUGCCGCAGGAGCUUCGCGUGCGGGAAGGAGAUGACGUGGCGCUCGAGUGCUCAGCCAGCUGCUCGGAAGAGCCCAGCUACUAUUGGUAUAAGGAGGGUGGCGACUGGAUCCUGCCUUCAGCCGUGAUGACUCUGAGGAGCGUGAGCGCCGAGGACAGCGGCAUGUACACGUGCACGGCCGAACACCCCACUGCCCCGCUGAACAUAAUGCGCAACGUUACCCUCGUGGUUCUGCCUGAAGACGCCAGUUGGUUUGAGACCCAAAGCGGCCGUGUAGUACUGAUGACCUCCUUUGUGGCGGCGUGUAUCGUCGUGAUGCUGGCAACGGCUUUGAGCGUGUGCCUCUACUGCAGGAAGAAGCGAGUCCAGACCAAACUCAUCAAUGACAAGUGCCAGAGCAAGCCCAUCUACAAGGACAGCACGGAGGCUCUCCACUACAACUACGGAGACAAACAGCCUCUGGUCGCCGUCUGAUGAUCGCGAGGAGGAAGACGGAGUGCGUGGCCAGAGAGUGACGGAUGGCGUCGGGUGACUACUCAAGAAUGUUUAUUGAUGACCGUCAUU